GGUCCCUGCCGCCAGCGCAGCCCCCUGCCCGCCCGGCUCCGCCCGCCACAGCCGCCUCGCCUCGCCUCCCCUCGCCUCGCCUCCCCUCUCCUCCCGCCCGGGUGCCACCGAGCCGAGGCGCCGGCGGGCCGCGGGCGGGCAGCGGGCGGGCGGGCGGUCGCGCCAUGAGCGCCGAGUGCAGCAGUUACCUCAACGCCGACAAGGUGCUGGUGAGCGGGUUCAGCUGCCCGCGGGCGGGCGGCGACGCCCGCGCCGUGUUCUGCUGCGGCUUCCAGGACGUCAAGUACUGCUGCGAUGACCCCCACAGCUUCUUCCCCUACGAGCACAGCUACAUGUGGUGGCUCAGUGUUGGAGCACUCGUGGGCCUGUCAAUAGCAGCAGUGGUCCUCUUUGCUUUUAUCAUCACUGUGUGUGUUCUCUGUUAUUUGUUUAUCAGCACCAAGCCACGCAGCAAACUUGAUACUGGUUUGAGCCUACAGACAGCAGACAGUGAGGCCAGAGGUAGUUCGAUAUGCUAAAGACAGAGGCAUUGAAUGGAUUCUACCAAUGUUAUGAAGAAAAAAGAUACAGGGCUGCAUCCCUAACAAAACCUCCACCAAAACAAGCUGUUGACAGAGCCAAGUGACUUCAAGACACUUCCUAAGCCACAAGGAUGGACUGUGACUGUAAGCCACGAGAACCUGACUCACUCUUCCAGAGGUGUUUCCUGGCUCUUACAACCACUGUUGAUAACCAGAGGCCAAUCUGAAGCUGUGCCAGGCUGUGUUUGUGUAUGGUUGCUAUACAAAGAAGUUGUGUGUUUUGAUUUGCACGUCAACUACUGCUGUUCAGUCAUUUUCACACAAGUUGUCUCUACCCUGUGCAAUUUCAGUGAGAUAACACAGUUGUCAAGCAGAGCAGAAUUUGGCACACCAUGUUGACCAAGCUUUAUUUUAAGCUUUCCCCAUGUACCAUCCCCAUGUACAAGUGUGGUGUCUUUAUGUCAUGAACAUGGUUGUCUUUAGCCAAAUGUGACUGUUCAGUGCACACACCAACGUGAAUGUAGUACCUCAAUAAAAUCUGGUAUUUGUGUUGUAUUUUUCUUAAUUUAUCAUUUCCCCUCACCUUUGUUUCCUCUGAAGAUUCUUGUGAAUCUUGAAAUUAUUUUGAUGGGAGAAUUUUCUAACAAAAGGUGAAGUUAAUAAAGAAUAAAUUUUUGUAGGGAAGUUAAGAUUUUAACAGCUGUUUUCACUGGCAUUGGUAUACACUGAAAUGAAUUGAAAUAAACAUCCACAAUUGUUUUGCAGAUUCUACAUCAAAACAUGUUGGAAUAUUUCUUGGGAAGCAAACUAAAAAUUUCCAGUAGUAUUUCAGUUUGGAUCACUAAUUUGUGAAGUGUUGAACUUCCUUCAGGUAAUCAAAGAGCUCUACUUGCCCAUUUUAUUUCCCUAGAAGUCUUAGGAACAACCAGUGCAAUCUUAACUGUCAUAUUUGAGUUGUCAGUUCUUUCAAGCUUUCAGUCGUGAAAUCAUGAACAUUAAUGAUAAUAAUUUCUUUUCAUCUUGUGAGGGUUCUUUAAGGUGAGUGAUCAAAAGAAUUUCAAAACUGUUUAAGCAUGCUGUUGAUAUUAAGGUGGUAGACAGAUUAUAACUUGCAUUUGCAGAUGAGACCUAAAAUAUUUACCUACCAUGUCAAGUUUGUCUGCAGUUAUACUUCAACUUGUUCAGACAAAAUCCUUGUCUACUGUUUGGGAGUGACAUCUUUUUGUGUGAUAGUGCUUGAAAUUUAAACUCUGUAGCUGUCUGGUACUGUGCAUCAAAAUCACAAAGUGCUUCUAAUCUCAUCUGCUGUUGUGUGAAAUAAUAUACCAGUGCCCCCCAUUGAAG